CACUAACCAUAUCCACAGCUUCCUUACUCGCGCUGUUCCUCUUCUAUAAAUUCGAGCUGGAGCUCUCUUCUCUUCCUGCAAACGGCUCCUUCUCAGGGUCUUUGCAGAACUUACAGGAUUGGGUUAAGAUGGUCAACCUUCGUACCUUUACUUCUCUCAUAUAUUUGACGCAAGUCGCCUUUCUAGGAGGCAAUGCGCAAACUAAUAGUUCCCAGCUGAAGGACAUUGUUCCAAAGCGCGAGGUUCUCUACGUUGGCGGACGGUACAUGAACAUCACGGACAAUGCAGUCAAUUCUACAUCACUGGCUAUGAUAGAGCAAAUCUACGUUGAGAAGCUUUCCCCUAACCCAGCCCCGGUGAAUCCACCACUUCCCAUUAUCUUCAUUGCAGGCGCGGCUCAGACCGGCACCAAUUUCCUGGAUACUCCAGACGGACGGCCGGGAUGGGCAUCCUAUUUUAUUUCCAAAGGUCACACAGUCUACCUCUCAGACCAGCCUGCACGCGGCCGCUCCUUUUGGUUUCCCGGACAGGGAAGUAUCGGGUAUAUUGGCUCCCCCGAUGAGGUCUCGGAUAUCUUCACCGACGUACAAAACAACGGCAACCAAUGGCCGCAGGCGAAGCUUCAUACUCAAUGGCCCGGCACCGGCCGCAUUGGCGACCCAACUUUCGACGCCUUCUACAGGAGCCAGAUGCAGUUCCAAACUGACCGCUUCAUAAGCGAAGAACAAAAUGCGCAGGCAUAUUCAGCUCUAGUAGACCUCGUAGGCGAGUGUUAUAUCAUCAGCCACUCGCAGGCGGGUGCAUACGGCUGGAGGGUCGGAGACAUGCGCUCAGGCCUUGUCAAGGGAAUUGUCCAGCUCGAACCGUCUGGUCCACCGUUCACGCUCCGCCCACCGUUUGGAGAUGGCCCGGCCUUCGCUUUCGGCCUCACUGACCUCCCCAUCCGAUACAAGCCGUCCGCAGGCAAGAAUGCCGAAAACAUUCGAACAAUCAUCGAGCCAGCAAUCGACGCCGAUCACGACGAGUGCAUCAUGCAAAAGUCCCCGGCGAAGCAGUUGACGAACCUGGGCAAAAUCCCAGAACUUGUGGUUACUGGCGAAGCAUCGUUCCAUGCGCCAUACGAUUACUGCACUGUCAAGUAUCUGAAGCAAGUUGGUGUAGAUGUAGAGUAUGCGGAUCUAGGCAAGGAGGGCAUUCAUGGCAACGGACACAUGUUCUUCAUGGAAAAGAACAACCUUGAGAUCGCAGACCGGGUGUACCAGUGGCUGCAAAAGCACUGAUUAAUAAUAUAGAAUCAAUGGACUCACUGCAUAUUACAUGGUACCUGCAUUUUUAAUGUAGGUACUUAACCUCACAAAAUCCUUGCAGAGUUCCCGUGUCAGUUCUGCCACUGCACACGCUGAUUGGACGCCCGAUACGCGGAUAGUUUCCACGGUUCCGUGCCGCUCUUAGCGCCGUCUAAUCGGCUGUCAAUGUGACAGCCGUGCCAUACAAGGGUAGGCUACUCAAAAAGAGGUAAGCCGCAUGCGGAAAGGAGUGCUGUAUUGUAC